UUUUAAACAAAUUUGUUCAACUUCAUAUAUUUGGGAAUGAAGCAUGCAUAUAAAAAUAUUUGUAGCAUCCCUUUAUACUAUUACCAAACAAGAUUUUGCAGUAGAGUAGUUGAAAAAGACUCUUUUCGACGGUUUAAUCCUUUUGCAAAAAGAAAAUUCCGUUCUUUGGAAGAUGAAAAACCGAAAUAUGCUACUCGAAUAUGCCUUAGUGUCCUAGGCAAUGGAGCUUUUGGCCAACCUCGAUGCUUAGCAUUGUUUACAGAAUUUAAAGCUUAUUUAUUUAACUGUGGAGAAGGUACAGGAAGAUUAUGUAGAGAACAUGAGCUUAAUAUGUCCCAGUUAAGGCAUAUUUUCAUUACUCAAAAAGUGUGGAAGAAUAUGAGUGGCCUUCCUGAUAUAUAUCUCACACAUAGAGCUUUUGGUGUUCGGAGUAUAGCUUUGCAUGGACCUCCAGGAAUUGAGCUUUUUAAAUCUGUUAUAGCAUCUGCUGAUUUAAAUGUUUCUUUUGAAAAUCGAUCCUAUUCCAAGAAUUCAUAUGUGGAUAGCACAGUGGAAGUUGAAUAUGUGCCUGUUGAAAGUGAAGGUUAUGUGUCUAACUCUAGACCUUUACGAAUGGAUGGAGAUGUUUUCGUGAAAGAAAGUAAAGAUGUGUGCUAUUCAUAUAUUUGUCAGAUUUUUGAAAAACCAGGAGACUUGAGUGCAGAAAAAUGUGUUGACAUGGGUGUACCCAUUGGUGCAGUGCUUUUGAAACUGAAAAAUGGUGAAGAUGUGCAAUUGUCAUGUGGACGAAUAAUCCGUUCUUCAGAUGUUCAUAAUGAUCCAUAUAAUGGCCUGAUUUUCUUGGUUGUUGAUUGCCCUUCCAUCGAAUUUUUGGAUUCAUUUCUGAAUGAAAAAAAAUUUGAAAGAUAUCAGUUACCAAAUGAUGCUGCAUUUGAUGUUUCUGCUGUAUUUCAUUUCUCUCCACCUGCUAUUGUCAAGUCAGAUAAAUACCAAGAAUGGAUGGCCAGGUUUCAUCAAAAUUCGCAACAUUUCCUUUUAAAUAAUGACAAUGCAACUGCCAGUAGUGAGACUGUUCUUAAAAUUCAAAAUGUUUUACAUCUUUUGCAUCCAAAGAUAUUUAGCUUGUUACGAGAAAAAGAAAAUCCUUCCUCUUCUUCUUUCUUGAAUGCCCCUUUCUCAGUAAUUCAGUCCCCUGCAAUGCUUCAACUACAUGUUCGGCCAGAGAAAAAGUUACAUUGGUCCAAUGUUAUAGGUUUUAAUUAUGAAGAUUAUAUUCAGUCAGUUAAAGAACUUCCAGGAGUUGAAGAAAAAUUGAAUGAUUUGUAUUCUGCUCUGAAAUGCAACUCUCUUAAGGAAGGAAAAGAGUAUCCUGAAGUUGUGUUUUUAGGAACAGGAUCAUCAACAUCCAGUGCUUUUCGAAAUGUUUCAGCUAUUUUAGUUAAUGUUGGUCGUAACCAAACUGUUCUUUUGGACUGUGGAGAAGGCUCUCUGAUGCAAAUGGUUCGAUACUAUGGAGUGGAUAAAUCAAAUGUAAUGCUUAAAAAUAUAUCAUGCAUAUUUGUUUCCCACAAACACACUGAUCAUUAUCUGGGGUUGUUUGAACUUAUUAAGGCUCGCAUUGAUGCAUUUGAAAAGUCAAAUGAAGAAUAUCAAACUUUAGCUUUAAUUUUGCCAAAACAAAUUUAUGAUAUUUGGCAUAUAUUUUGUGAUAUUUUCGAAGAUUUCUCAUCAAAAGUAAAGAUAUUUUCUCCUCAAUAUUUUAAAAAUGGAAGAGAAAAGUAUGGCCUGAAGAGCUUUUUAGGCAAUGUCAUAUUAGAAACUGUUCCUGUGAUGCACUGCUCUGAUGCUUAUGGUGCAGUUCUUUAUUUGCCUUCAGAGUGGAAAAUAGUGUAUUCUGGUGACACUGCUCCUUGCCAGAGAUUGGUAGAUGCAGGUAAAAACUGCACUUUGCUAAUACAUGAAGCUUCAAUUGAGGAUGGAUUGAUUAAUGAAGCAUCUUUCAAGAAGCAUAGCACUCCAUCACAAGUAGCAGAAAUUUCAGAAAUGAUGAACGCACAAUAUACCAUUAUGACCCACUUUAGCAAACGCUACUUGGCUGUGCCUGUCAUACAAGAAUCAAACCACAAACACAUAGCAUGCUCAUUUGAUUUUAUGAAAGUUCGAUUGUGUGAUUUACCUAUCUUACCAUUAUUUCUGCCUGUUCUGAGAACCUUGUUUCAAGAGCAGCUAGAAAUCCAUUCAGAACGUACCAAUUAUGUUACUAGCUUUGAAAAUGUUUUAUUAAAGACAUUAAAAUCUUGAAAUACUGUUGAUUUGCAGUG